CCUUGCUGGAAUGGCACAAGUAUCUAUUGGCCAGCCUUUGGAUACAAUAAAGGUUCGGCUUCAAUUAGAAUCUACAAGAUUUAAAGGACCAAUGGAUUGUUUGGUUCAAACGAUUAAAAAUGAAGGAUUUUUUGCGCUUUACAAAGGAAUGGCUAGUCCAUUAGUUGGAAUAGGCUCCGUGAACGCGGUACUAUUCGCGGCUUACUCGCGUCUAAAAGAGUUACAAGCGACAACCGCUAAUCAACAAUUGACAAUUCCACAGAUAGCUAUUGCUGGUUCUGGUGCUGGAGCUGUGAAUAGUGUUCUCGCGUCACCAGUGGAAUUGUUAAAGAUUCGAAUGCAAGCACAAUAUGGUAAGCCAUCAUUACUAACAUCCACCGCUGGCAGCAACACCGUGAUAUACAAAGGACCAAUUGAUUGUGCUAAACAAUUGAUCAAAGAAUACGGGAUAAGAAAUGGGUUGUUUCGUGGUUUUUGGGCAACGGUUGCCAGAGAAAUACCUGGGUACGCCGGGUUCUAUGCUGGCUUUGAAUUCACGAAAAGAAAGUUGGCACCGGUAGGUACUAGCCCGGACGAUUUGUCACCUGGUAGAUUGAUGUUGUCUGGCUCAAUUGGUGGUGUUAGUUAUUGGUUGUGUAGUUAUCCACUUGAUGUUGUUAAAUCAAAGGUACAAAAUCAAAAAGCUCCACCUAAAGGAGGUAUAUUUUAUAUAUUUACUAUUACGAAAUCAAUAUACAAAACUGAAGGUCUCAAGACUUUCACCAGAGGAAUCACCCCAACAAGUCAAAAGCAACAAUUAAGGGAUCGCACAACUUAUGCAAUAA